GCAUGGAUUUUUUUAUACUGUGAAGCUAACAUUGAGCUUUAUCCACGCCUUGCUUGAAUUUAUCUCAAAUAUGCUUCAUAUGUGAAUAAAGAUCUUCUGGUUCAAUAUUUGGACACGCCAUUGUGUUGGUUAAAUUCGAAGAAUGUAAGCUUUUUAUUCCAACUAAUUCAGACAGUUGCUAAUUCAAUAUUCAGAGUCAUACAUACUUUGUGAUUGAGGAUUACAUCAAUACUGCAUGUAACAGGUCUGUAAACUGAGUUUGCUAUAUUUGUUUUCUGGAAAGAGCAAUCCUUUUUGUUCGUUCCUGAUAAGUUCGUUCCUGUCUGUUACGCUGACGUUUGUAUUGUUGUUAAGAUGAUUGAAUAUCAAACAUGCAAUCUAGUCUUUUAGAAGCUUUUGUAGCCCGUAUAAAUUUAGUCUUUUAAUUGAAUGGAGAUCAGAGAACAAUUAUGGAUAUAUUGUUCCUAUUGUCUUCUGUCUACCCCCUACCUGGCAAAUAGUUGAGUCUGUUUAGAAGAUGCAAUUAUUGAUGACGGUAAAAUAAUAAAGAAUAGGAAGAAGCCACAGAGAUCUUUUGGCAACUCGUGUUUGCAUGUUGAUAAUAAUCAGCUGGCAUACAGAAAAUCGUUAUUGAAUCCAUCUGUUGCUGUUCGGAUCGCGAUUUUCAAUUUGCAGCCAUGGAUAGGCUAGAAGUUCUAUCGGUGGGGCUCUCGAAAAAGUCAAAAAGCGAACCAAACAUAUGGCAGAAGUGCGCCCGGAUCGCCAAAAAUAUGAGCGCUGGAUGUAUGCUGUGCUCGCAUCGCACACCCAGCUUCCUGGUUCGCAGUAUAGUCACAACAUCUUGCAGAAAAUCGUAAAGAACAUUGACGAUUCGUAGCCUUGACCCUUCGUGACAUCCUGUGACGUCCUAUAGAACUGGAGCUUUUAGCCCUUUAGUCUCUUUAAUACAACAGAUUGAAUCACACGCAGUCAGAUAUAUAUUUCAUAAUAUGUUAUUAUAGGCCACUACGCCUAGACUUCCAACAUAGGAAUUGUAAUUUAGGCAAUUAUUUAAUGAUGUUAGGAUAAAUGGAAUUUUAGUCCAAUAACUUUCGCUGAGGCAAAAUUACGAUAUUUUGAAUUACCCAGUCACAGUAUAAAGAUUUUUCUUCAAAUGGAUAAUUAAUCUUUUGGUUAUUGGCUCCACAUCAGGGACAUUAACAGUUUUAGGUAAAACAGUAAAAACCUCGCCACUGUGACCAUUUCAAUUCAUUUAAACAAGAUUUGUUCUGCAUCUUUCAUCCCCUUAAAUACUUAUAUAGGUGAAAUUCAAAACGAGAGACAAAUCUCUAUACAAAAAGAAAAAAUCCGAGUUUUGUAAUUCAUAAGUGAUAAUUUCAAUUCAUAUAACAUUGUUUGUUUACCCUUUACAUUGAAAAUCAAAUAUACAAAACGAGAUUACACCAGCUUACGCGCGUCAAUUCUCUUCGCGAAAUUUUACUCAUGGAAGAAUAACAGACCAUUGAUUCUAAGGCCCUUUUAGUGUGAGAAACUUAUUUUGUUUGCAAACUUCUACCUUUGAUACCAGAGCACCCUGUUGGGCUGAAGUGAAGUACAAUCCUUCCAAAAAGUCAUUGGGAACAGAAGCAUUCCCCCUCUCCCAAAACAAUGUUGGUUGAAAAGCCUAUUACUUAAACUAGCUGAUAUAGUUAUUUUGGAUGGGUUUUUGUUUGGAAACUAUUUUAUUUUAUUUAUUCAUGUCAUUCAAUGUUUGUGGCCGUAAGAUAAAGAAAUAUCGAUCUCAUCCCCAAGACAGUGUUGGUUGAAAAUUGUCAAGCCAGCUGACAGCUUACAUUAGAUGAGUUUUAAGCCUCGAGACUGUUGCUAUUGAACAUUGUUCAAGGGGGAUACUACAAGCACGGUUUCGGAAAAGGGCUGGUGUGGUUGCUAAGUGAAGCUCUGGUGCCACCAAGAAAAUAAAUCUACUAACAACCUCUUUAUUCUUUGUUCUUUGAGUAGGAUGGGUAACACUUUACCAGAAUUGCAUCUUGCAGUGCAGUGCACACAAAAAACUUCACUGCUUUCUCAAAUUAUAUAGUAUCACCAGUUUUUUGCAAAUUUUUUGACCUGUCAUGUUGAUCUAGUCUUGGUCAUACACUUAUAAGUUCACCAUUCUUUUUUCCGAGUUGUAACACCCAACAUCCUAAUAUUAUGGAGCCUGUACAAAGAGAUUUGUUCGAAGGUUGGUUUAGCUCCCAAUCUUGUUUACUAGACAUUUCUAGACUGCUUUAUGAUAAAAAUGAAAUAAAUCUUGCAAUGACAUUAACUCCUCUUUUGAAGUGAGUAACGCAUUUCAAAAAGGUCUACUUGGUACAAUUGUGUAUUUACGCCCGCCCGCGCUGGAAAGAAUUUGACGAGCAAAAUGCAGCUUCUAGUUGAUCUAUAAACAUUGCAGUUACUUUUUCCAGAUAGAAUAAGUGCUUUCAAAUGACACUAUAAUACCUCCACUAUACCUGUAUGGUGUCUCUAAGGGGUCUGCUGCAUGUCUGUGUGAUUUCUCUGCACAUGCCAGCAUGACAUCGCUUUUCCUAAAGAACUUCCAAUCCCUUCGAAAGAUAUUUUAUAACGUUGCUUGUCAUUAACGAAGGUAGACUGCUUAAAGGUUACUCUUUUCGUGUUGAACCAAAGGGAAGAUUAACAAAAUGAUAGUUGUCGAACAAAUGAAAAUGGAGAAGAGGACUAGACGUUUUAGUAUCAGGAGCUCUAUUCGAAGAAGCAACUCGAGGAAAGAAAAAGUUCGCAAAUCAGAUAAAAUUGACGCUAAACUUCAGAAAGCUGCAUCUUUGGACAAACCAUUUGUGGACAAUAACGUAGGGCUCGAGAAAAAAGAUUCAAUUGGACAAACCAAUGGUAUCCUACCUGAGGUUCCUGUUAUAACAGUUGAGAAUGAAGAUAGUGAGUCUUGGGGAUCAGGUGAAGACAUGAGUGACGAUAAAUUUGUGGGAGAAAGCGAGGAAGACGCUGCUAUGAGACGAGCGGCUCUGCAAUGCACGCGGUCGUCACGGAGGCGCCUGCCAAAUGCCACCGAAGUGGAGCCUGAUUCGAACCUGCGUAUGGAUUUACAUACUCUUUAUCUUGAAGCGACGGGACACAAAGUUAAUGACUCACGAAAUUUGGAAGGAAAAACUCCUUGGGCUAUGCUGAAAAACAAACUGGGAGGGAAGAAAGCAAAUCUAGAAUCUUUGAGAGUGCUGUUGGAGGAAAUGGGGGAAUGUGGAAAGGAUUUAGCAACACACGCCUUGGUGAAGUACAAGCAUUUGCACUGGACUGAUUUAUCAGGCAAUAUAUUAGACGAAGCUGCCGUAAAUGCAUUGCCAACAAAAGAGAGGAAACGAUUCGAAGCAGUGUGGGAGCUUUUCCAUGCAGAAGUUACUUACAUUACGGAUCAUCUUCUAGUUUUGAAAGAGGUCUUCCAUCUACCCAUGGCCAUGGCAAAGAAAUUUGGAUUUUUGGAUAGAGUGAAUCCAGACAUUGUGUUUAGCAACAUCGACAGUUUAAUACAGGCCUCGACUUCAUUUGCUGAAAAGCUGUUGCGGAUGUUUGAGGUCGAGACCGAAGCCCAAUUCGGCAACUCGAAAACAAUCAUCAGCGCUUUCAGAGAGUUUAACUUGUCUCUGCAUCCAGAGUAUCACGAGUACUGUGUUAAUUACUCAAAAGCGAGAGGACAUCUUAAUUCACUCAGUGAAGACGCAGAAUUCAAAGAGUUUAUGAAAUGGAGUGAAGCCGACCUCAGAUGCAAUCGUUUGCGCCUUAAUGAUUUGCUAGUUGCACCAGUACAGCACUUGACAAAAUACCCAUUAUUACUCAAGGCAAUCAAAACCAAUACGACAAAAUCGAGUGGCGAAUAUGAUCCUCUUAUGGCAGUAAUAAACAGUGUGCAAAAGUCAAUUCGUGAAAUUGAAGGAGAAUUACACGUGUUAUCGAAUCUAGAAAAGAUAAAAGAAAUAAGUGAAAAUCUUGUUUGGCCUACAUUGAUAGAGAAUGACCCUAAAACCUUCAUACCUGAGUUUAUGAAGGCGGAGAUUUCAAAUAGAAACUGUAGCAGCAUCUUUGCUAACCCAUGGAGGGUGCUUCUUUUGGAUGGAUACCUAACAUUAAUAGAUGGCAGCAAGAGUGAGCUGUUUGUUCUUCUUUUUGAUGAUAUGAUAUUAUUGACAAAAUAUCGACGAGCCUUUCAUGGAAAAUUGUUAAAGCGAAGGAACACAAGUCAUCACCUCUUGGAAUCCUCCUCGAUUCCUGAAGAAAAAACGUCACCAUCAGUAAAGCGGAGUGGCUCUACUGGAAGCGACCUUCAAUCGCCAAGUUAUUUAGUUUUUAGACAGCCUAUCUCAUUGGACAGAAUGAGAAUAUAUGACUGUGAAGAAUACGUUAACUCAGGAUCUGCUUAUAAACAUUCGUUUGUUUUGGAAAGUCAUAACAGAUUUUGUCAGACUUUGGCUGUUUGUACCCUUCAAGCAUCAGGAUCAAAGGAGAAGGACAACUGGGUGAAGCAAAUAAGGACGGCCCAGAAGAACUUUACGGACCAACGUAGCCUGAACGAAUGGCAUAAGGACAGCAUGUUUGUAGAAUGCAAUAAUAACGAGAGCCGACGAAACCAUUCAGACACGUUUUCUGAAGGUAUCGACUCUGUUGACUGUGGAUUCAAAGGGAAACGGGUUUUGUCAUCGCCAUCAUUAACAUCUACCGUAGAUAGGUUUCGGCAAGGACGUCUGAGACUGUUUUCCAUUCCUCACUGAACAACAUUGCUGUCGGAAUGCGAGGCUUGCCUCGUAUCCGGGCUCAUCAUUGCAUAGCAGUUAUGUGUCCUAAAUGCAUGCAGAAUGGAGCCAUGAAAAGAUCAAUAUGGAUGCUGUUUCUACUCAAGGCAAACCGAAAAUAUCAAUCAUCUUUAAUCAGCCCACGAAGGAGGAAAGUUCUCAACACAAGAGGGUAAAAAUACAGUGAAAUAUAUAGACGAGAGCAGUGUACAGUUUAUUUAAGUACAUAUUUUGCUGAAAUUUACUUUUGGGUCGAUUAUGGCAGAUAAGAGCAACAAUGACCUUCGUAAAAUUCGCAGCAAAUAUUCAUAAAACUAAAUAUUAACGACCAAGUAGUUUUUAAAGUUAAGCAUUAUGUUUUUAUUUUUGCUUGGAUUUUUUACGAAAUUCGGUGUCCCAAAAUGCUUACAGUCAUCGAUUAUGUGGAUGGAAUCAAAUUAAUUAAUUAUCAUGUUACUGACGUUUGUUUAUAAAUUUGGAAUAUUUUUCAUUCCUCCUUUUGUCGAAGAUCUUGUGAAGAAUUGUAUAUAUGAUUGGGUAUAAAGAAAGUGCAGUUAAUUCAAAUUAACUUUUUUCUUAAUAAAAUUCAAAGUCUACAA